AUGCCGUCACUGUAUCUCGUUGCAGCGAUCGUCUUCGCUGUGGCCGGCUGCCUCACCAAAAUUCUUCUAGCAGGCCAACAAUCGCCCAUCUCGAAGCUACCAGGCACAUGGCACUCCAAGUACACCAACUUAGCUCUGCGCUUUCACACAAUGACUGGCCGCCGCAUCUUCUAUGUGGACGACCUCCAUCGAAAGUAUGGUGAUGUCGUACGUAUCGCACCAGGGGAAGUCGCCGUCGCCGACAUUUCUGGAGUGGCCCAGAUCCACAAGAUCGGGUCUGGGUUCCUGAAGUCAGACUUCUACAGAAACCUUACUCCAACUCGCGAGCCAGGGAUCUUUGCAAUGCAGAACCCUCACGAUCAUGCUGCUCGGAGGAAGCUGUUUGCCCGUGCUUUCAGCAACUCGAGCAUGAAGGGCAACUGGGAGGCUGAGAUCAGACACAAGACUACGCUAGCCGUCGAUCAAAUUCGAAAAGCUGCAAUGCAACCAGGCAAAGGGGCUGAUGUCCUUAAGUGGUGGACCUUGAUGGCAACAGACAUCAUAACACAUCUAAAUUUUGGCGAGAGCUUUGGUAUGCUUGAGCAAGGCAAGCAAACAGCAUACAUUGACGCGCUGCAGGCGGCCUUGCUGGGCGGCGUACUGCGUGCGGAGUUGCCUCUUGUACAUGCAAUACUUCGCUACCUUCCUGUGGAAGGUGCACAGAAGAUUGUCAAUGCUGACGAAGCAGCAUACGAACAUGGUGCUUUGGCCAUCCACAACAUGCGCAAUAGUCAGGGCAACAACAUGAAUCUCUUUGGUCAGAUGCUGGCUGCCAGUGACGAUUACGAGAAAUCAGCACUCACCGACAAAGCAGUCCGAGAUGAAGCCGGCAAUCUGAUCGUUGCUGGCUCCGAUACUACCGCCGUGACUUUGACAUACUUGGUCUGGGCCGUUCUAAAAGAUCCCGAACUCCAGGCUCGCUUGGAAGAGGAGAUUGCAGGGCUGAGUGAUCAGCUGGACCUGAUGGAACUGGAAAACUCGCCGCUCCUCAACAGCGUGAUUGAGGAAACCCUGAGAUUGUAUGGAGCUGCACCAGGAGCCCUGCCUCGCAUCGUACCAAGUCAAGGCAUGAUCGUCGCAGGCUAUCAACUUCCCCAUGGCACUGAAGUUAGCACGCAAGCUUACACACUCCAUCGGGAUUCCAGAAUCUUCCAAGAGCCGCUCCGCUUCGAUGGCUAUCGCUUCAUGAACAAGUCGAGCAUGACAGCGCAGCAGAAAGCCGCAUACAUGCCCUUCGGAGGUGGAUCGCGCAUCUGCCUGGGGAUACAUCUUGCGUAUAUCGAGCUUCGUUUGGCAGCAGCCAUGUUCUUUAGGCAGUGUCGUGGCGCAAAGCUGAGUGAUUGUAUGCGAGACGAGAUGAUGGAGAUGGAAAACAUGUUCUUGAUCUCGCCGAAAGGUCACUGUUGCUGGAUUUCGCUAGACAUCUAG